AUGAAGAAGGCAUGGCAGCCGCGAGGCCUGAGUAGGCCAGCCAACUUGCUCAGGCGGCCGACAAUUCUGCUGGUAGCACGAUCAACACCCAGCCAGAGGGCAAGGACCUUUGCCACUGUUGCGGAGGACUCGAGUCUCCUUCACAGUCACUUCGACGUCGUCGUGAUAGGCGGUGGCCACGCCGGUUCCGAAGCCUCCGCAGCAGCAGCCCGCGCAGGCGCUCGCACAGCCCUCGUGACGCCCAGUCUCGACAAUCUGGGCGUGUGCUCGUGCAAUCCGAGCUUCGGCGGCAUCGGAAAGGGCAUUAUCCUGCGCGAGAUCGACGCCCUGGAUGGGCUGGCGGGCCGUGUUAUCGACCGGGCGGCCGUGCAGUUCAAGGUGCUCAACCGAAAGAAGGGCCCUGCCGUGUGGGGGCCUCGCGCGCAGAUCGACCGUGGUCUGUAUAAACAGUAUAUGCGGGAGGAGCUCACCAACAAUUGCCCAGGCCUCGAGGUUGUUGAGGGGCGUGCCCUGGAUAUUGUGGUGGAAGACGUUCCCGCAGAGGAGUACAACGACGAGGAAGGGGGGGCAGCUAGACGGCAGAUCACAGGCCUGAGGCUCGAGUCUGGAGAGGUGAUACGGACAAAACAUGUCAUUAUCACAACGGGGACGUUCCUGGGCGGGGAGAUCCAUGUUGGCUUGCAGGUCUACUCUUCGGGUCGCCUGGGCGAGCCUGCCACAUUUGGCCUGAGCAAGUCAUUAUGGGACGCAGGGUUCCAGAUGGGAAGGUUAAAGACGGGCACACCACCAAGGCUCGACAGGAAGACGAUCAACUUUGACGAGCUCGAAGCACAGGAGGGCGACGACCCGCCCAUGCCCUUUAGCUACAUGAACGAUGUGGUCUCCGUGCGGGAGCAACUCCUCUGCCACGCGACCUAUACCAACGAGGCCACCCACGACGUCGUCCGCGCCAACCUCGACAAGACGAUCCACAUCCGCGAGACAGUCAAGGGCCCCAGAUACUGCCCCUCGCUCGAGUCCAAGGUCAUCCGCUUCGGUCACAAGAACAGACACAUUGUCUGGCUCGAGCCCGAGGGUUUCGACAGCGACGUCAUCUACCCCAACGGCCUGUCCAUGACCAUCCCCGCCGACGCCCAGGAGCAGCUCCUCCGGACGAUCCCAGGCCUCGAGGACGUCAAGAUGCUCCAGGCCGGCUACGGCGUCGAGUACGACUAUGUGGACCCGCGCAGCCUGCGGUCGACACUCGAGACCAAGGCCAUCAGGGGCCUCUGGCUGGCGGGCCAGAUCAACGGAACCACAGGUUACGAGGAGGCCGCAGGACAGGGCAUUAUCGCGGGCAUCAACGCCGGGCGUGCCGCGCAGAAUCGCACGCCCAUCACCCUCAGCCGCAGCGACGGGUACAUAGGCGUCAUGAUCGACGACCUCGUCACCAAGGGCGUCUCAGAACCCUACCGCAUGUUCACGAGCCGGAGCGAGUACCGCCUGUCCACGCGCGCCGACAACGCCGACUCGCGACUCACCCGCAAGGGCCACGCCUGGGGUGUGGUCGGCGACAAGCGCUGGGCCUCCUUCCAGCAGGAACAGGCCGCCAUGGCCGAGCUGGAGGCCCUCCUGCGGGCCCAAAAUCUCCCCUCGCCGCACUGGGCGCGGGCCGGCUUCCGUGUCAAGGAGGACACCGUCCGCCGCGACGGUAUGGACAUCCUGCGCCUCGCCGGCGUGAACAUCGACACCCUCACCCGCUCAGGCAUCGUCUCCGACGCCGCCGCCGCCUCCUUCUCACAGCGCAUCCGCACCAGGGUCGAGAUCGAGGCCGCCUACGCCCCCUACGUUACGAACCAGCAGCGUGACCAGGAUCGCCUCAGGCGGGACGAGCAGCUGCGCCUGCCCACGGACCUCGACUACCAGGGCGUCUUUGGCCUGAGCAUCGUGGAGAAGAAUAUCCUGCAAGCGACACAGCCUGAGACCCUGGCCCAGGCCAGGCGGUUAGAGGGCAUCACCCCCGCCGGGUGCCUUCGGCUGCUGGCUUACGUCCGGAGGCCUGGCGGUGGUGAUAUUUUGGGGAUUGUCUAUGGCAUAUGA